CUCUAGAGGUCAGAUCAGAUAAUGGCCGAUAGAAGGCGCAGUUCGUGAAAUCCACUCAUUGUUUAUUUCAACAUGACGGAAAACAGCGCGUCACCGGAGGAUCCCUGGCUCAAACAGACGGACGGUGCCUUCAGCGACAACGGCUUCGAUCACAGUUUCUUUGCCGAGAGUGCUCGCAAAGGAAGUUUGGUGUCAAGAGCCAACAGCAUCGGAUCCACGAGUGCCUCUUCUGUACCAAACACAGAUGAUGAAGACAGUGAUAACAGACAUGAGACGCCCUAUAAGGAGUCGUAUAAAGACCGGAGGAGACAGGCACACACACAGGCAGAGCAGAAACGCAGAGAUGCCAUCAAGAAAGGCUAUGAUGACCUGCAGUCUAUAGUGCCUACAUGCCAGCAGCAGUCUGACUUUGCCAUGGCCACUCAGAAGAUGAGUAAAGCUACAGUCCUGCAGAAGACAAUCGACUACAUUCAGUUUCUCCACAAAGAAAAGAAGAAGCAGGAAGAGGAUGUUUCCACACUUAGGAAGGAGGUGAUGGCGCUGAAAAUUAUGAAAACGAACUAUGAGCACAUUGUGAAGGCCCAUCAGAAUAACCCUCAGCAGGGCAGCGAGCAGGUUUCAGACCAGGUGAAGUUCAGUGUGUUUCAGAGCAUCAUGGACUCUCUGUUCCAGUCCUUCAGUGCCUCAGUGUCGGUCAACAGCUUUCAGGAGCUCUCUGCCUGCGUCUUCAGCUGGAUCGAGGAACACUGCAAGCCCCAGACGCUGAGAGAAUUUGUGGUGACUGUGCUGCAGCAAGUGAAUGGUCAGCUGUACUGAAGCUGUCUAUCUGUAUGUUUGUCUGUCUCUCAGGCUGAUAUCUCAUUCAAGAACAGUCUCUCUUUCUCUCUCUCUCACACACACACACACACACACACACACACACUAUGCAGCAGGGUAUCAGCACACUAAUGGACUGGGGUGGAUUACAAGGACUCUAAAGAGAUGAAGUAUUGACUGACAGUGUUUAUGGCAGUGAUUCAAAUCAACAAAUGUGGAAAUGCGUUAAUUUAUUCUGAUCAGUCAUUUUAUUACUAAUAAUUUGGAAGGUAAUAAUCUGAUCUAAGAUGUUUGCCAUUGCAUAUAGUUUCCUCACACACUUUCAGCUGGUUUAGAAAUUAAAGAAGGUGUUGGUUCUAGGGGUGCGCCGAUCACAAUCGGCCGAUAAUCACUUUGGGAUGAUUGAUCGGCGAUCUCUAAAAAGGCCGAUCUCAUAAAACUGAUCUCAAGCUUUAAUCCAUUAACAUGAGCCUGCCGUGAGAGGUUUGGCAUGACAUGCAGCGGCACAGUCUCUGUCCAGCGUGCGUUAAAUAAUUAUAGUACUUAAGCUGAGGUACAAUUCAUAUUUCUUCAUUAAAUAACUGAUAAAGUAAUUUGUAAAAGUCUCUGUAAGAGAUAAUUUCACAAACAGCGUUGAGUGAAUCACUGCGUGUGCUCUCUCUUUCUCAAAAUGCAAAUGCCUUAAUCACAUCAGGUCUGCUCUAUAAGUGAGCUGCACAGCUGACACAGGAAUUGCAUCACUAAAUAGCAUUUUUUCUUUUUAACUCUAGUCAGUGUUCAAGCCAUUCAACGCUCGCGUGCUUUCCUGAAGACAGUGCGCUCAUGCACACUUACAGUGCACACACAUAAUAAUGCCAGGUUCACAUUAGUACAUUUGCAGUGUGUAUGUGGUGUGUAUUUUUACCGCGCUCAUGUUAAUGGAUUAAAGCGUUCACACUGCAGACACGGUUGCGGUCUGGCAGAGCGUUUGCAGCAGUACAGAGAUAGUUUCCGCACCAAGUCUAUUUUUUGCUGCGCUGAAUUAAAGUAACAGUGCAUUGUUUGCAAAAAUGUGAAUACGCACUAACACAAAAUUGUAGUAAUUACACCUUAAAUGCAUAUGAUUAAAGUCUGCUGUGCUUCACAGUCAACACAUAGGCUAUGGUUUUUUGGCUAGGUUUAAAGAAAAAAAGCACUUUUAGAUAAACAAGGCAAUCAUUGCUUAAAGUUCUUUGUGAACUGCAGGAUUGCUUGUAAUAAAGAUUUAAAUGCAAAAGAAAGGCAGUAGAGCUGAUUGUUUCUGUCAAUGGUUUUAAUUUAGAAUGUUUGUGAUAACGUGAGAAAAGUAGUUUAAAUGUUAUGUUUUAGCGACAUAAUAUAUAAAUCUAGAGAUAAAUGCAAAAGUAAAAAGCAUUGAAUAAUUGAUGAAAGAUUGUAUUACUGUACUGUGUAAAAAAAAAAAAAAAAAGAAUCACAAUGUUCAGGAUCAGACUCCUGUGUGAAAGCUCAGUCCGUGCUGCUUCUGUACCACACAUGGACUACAUGCACACUGCAAACAGAGCAUGUGUGGACCUCACAUACAGCUGAUUAAAUCAGGCUUGUGCAACAACUACACGACUGUAAAAACAAAAAUACAUUGCAUGAUCAAACAUUAUAUAUAAAUAUAUAUUUUAUAUAAUAUAUUUACACCUCCAAAUUAAAAAAUAAUAAAAAUCCUCCCACAAGAGUCACAUAAGAGAGGGAUUCAUUUUCAAAUAUGAAAUUCAGGCCCUGAAUAAAUGUCUAAAAAUCUUGAUUGGAUCAUCACAAUAAAUAAAUCAACAUGAUAAAAAGAAGGCUUUAAAGAUUGGUAUCUGUGAUCCUGCUUUCUGUGAUCGGCCUCAAAAAUGUUGAUCGGAGCACCCCUAGUUAGUUCUGUUUAGUUGAUGUCGAAACACACCUCAGUCCUGAAGUUGAAUAAUUUCUUUGUUUAGUCUAAACCCAGAAGACUUUCAUCAGUAUUCAUAUGUUCAAGAGUCUGCAGUUGUGAUGCUAAGAUAAAAUAUCAUACUGACAACCACAAAUAAGUUCGAGAAUACUCAACUUCACACCCCACACAUACUGAGGUGAAAUUGUAAACCAGUCAGCUGCCUUUGAAUGAUUAAGCUUGGUGUGUUGCAUUCAGUUAUCAUCUUUACCUCAUGUUCAAAUCAUUUUCCAAAGCACAACUACAUUUUCACCUUUGUGAACCGCCUAGUGCUGGAAAGGGGAGCCUAGAGGUCUGGUUGCACUGUGAUGCAUCAGCUGUCUUGCAUGUUUUAAUAGAAUUAAAGUUAGGCAAUGCUGAGCCAUCUUAGUUCCUCUUUGUCAUUGUGAUGCUGUGACCAAAGAUUGCAGUGUCUACGCACAAAUAAUGGAAGAUAAACCUCUUUUUUUGUCAUGUUAUGUCAGCUUUUCUUCAGCUUUGUGUAGCGCAUCCUACAUUUAUGAUAAUGGUUUAAGCUCUUGUGAUCAGUAUGUUUUGUGCUGCAUAAGCUAUCGAUGAAGACACAGUCGCAUCCGUGCGUGGUAUAGCAGCUUCACAUGGUGUGACCGCCCAAUUCUAUUUAUAUUUUCAAUGAAUGUCAAUUAAGGCGUAAUGAAAAUUCAAAGUCUACUCAGGACACAGCUUUUUAGGUAUUGAGAUCUUUGUUUUGUUGAUAACAGAUGAUUGUACAAUCAACUGUCUGACCUGUGCUGGAAUAAGGGACGUCUUUACAGGUUAAAAGCCAUACGGUGGAGCGAAUGCCAGCUCACAGAGAUGAGCCUACGUCGUGCUGAACUACUUUACUAGACUCUGUGCUUUUGCGUUUCCGACUUCAACGGAAGAAUCUGGUGGAAAUAUUUUUGUAUCAGUAUCAUUUUUUUAAUUGAAAAAUAAACAAAUGUUCAAACUUU